AUGGCUCGUAAUACCUCUGAAGCAAACUUGCAAAUUGCACCUGAAAAGCUUGAAGACAAUGCCAAGAAUUUGAGUGAUUUACGUGAUGACAUUCUUGGCCACAUCUUAUCCUUCAUGGAAACAAAGGAAGCAGUUAGAACGAGUACAUUGUCAAAACGGUGGAAGUACGUAAGGACAUUCACUCCCAACCUCGUCUUCGAUGAUUUCUGCUUCUGGUUUAUAAAAGAAAACCUUUGGAAACAGGUUGGGGAUUAUGUAGCAAGGGAGAUCCACCUUCGAGGUUUCGUGAGAAGCUUUGGUUUUGAAGUUCGUCAUUAUGGAAUCGUUGCUGCCCUCUUGAGGUCUUGGAUCACGGAGCUAGUAAUGCGUAAUGUUCAAGAUGUUUCCUUGCUUCUCAAUUCAAGUGAUGAACACAAUGUGCUACCUGACUGCUUGUUUACUUGCAAAUCACUUGUGCAUUUUAAAUUUAGUAUAGGAGGGAUCGUUUCCCUCGAACUUCCCGCUACAAUAUAUUUUUCGAAUCUCAAAACAUUGAAUCUUAGAAAUGUUCGAUUCUUAAAUGAGCACUCGACGAACCAGUUGUUUUCUAGUUGCCCGGUGCUUGAAGAUUUAACCCUCAAUGACUGCCGUUGGUCGGAUUUCCAGCUUAUCAAUAUCUGUGCACCCAAGCUCUUGAGACUGACUAUAUUCGAACGUGUGCACUUCCGUUAUACUAAUCCUAGCCUCAUGGCUGCCGGAUAGCGGUUUUCGGACCUAACUUGACAGAUUUUAUUUAUGAUGGUUCCAAAAGGCGUAGGAGAGCUCUUGGAUGAUACGCCCAUGUUCAAGAACCUAACCCGUUUGGAUGUAAAUGGCUAUGUUCAUGGAAGUUUGGUGCUCAAUUCUAACAUUGGACUGAUGAAGCUGCUGAAGAACUCUCCUCGUCUAGAAGUGCUUAAAGCUUCAUGGGUUUUUCGUCUACCCCUUGACCAAGAUGAUAUAAAUCCGAUGCCGCCAUGUUCCCGUUCACAUCUAAAGAUCAUCGAAGUUCAUAUAUCUGAUGGAAAAGAGUCAUACAAUGCACUCAAGAGUCUGUUAAGGAAUGCGCAUGUCCUGAAGAAGAUAGUUAUUUCAUUCUGUUGUGACUCAAAGAGAGAUAAAUUUUGGGAUCGCCGGAUUUUAAAGCUUCCCAAAAUAUCAAAAGAUUGUAAAGUGAUUGUUGAACGAUCAUAUGAUG